AUGGCAUACGACACCCCCCUCUCGCCACAGGGCCAGCAGAUCACGGCCCUGCCCGUCCGGGAACAGCUACGGCGCGGGCUCAAGGACAUGGGCUCGAAAUCGUACUCGUCGGCCAAGAACUUCGCCAUGAUCGGCGCGCUGUAUUCCGGCACAGAGUGCUGUGUCGAGGGAUACAGGGCCAAGAGCGAUCUCUACAACUCGGUCAGCGCCGGCUGUAUCACGGGCGCGAUCCUCGCGUACAAGGCCGGCCCGCAGGCUGCGGCGCUGGGGUGUGGUGGGUUUGCGGCGUUCAGCGCGGCCAUCGAUGCAUACAUGCGCAUGCCGGAGAGUGAUUGA